GCACCGAGCUAGUACUUGCCAUAGACAAUGUGCACAUCUAGGUGUGCGUGAUCAGUGCAUCCGGGCGCAAUCUUUUAUCCCCUGCUGCUGUUGCCGCCGCCCAGCCGCCGUGCCCACCACCUGCCGUUGACAUCACAGCGAUCAGGUUCGCGAGCCAUUGCCCCUGCGCGCUGCGUCAUGCCACCUCUCUGAAUGCUCCCAGCCUACGCGUCUCGGUACAUGCGUACGCCGUACGCGUAUAUAUGCGGUGCCCGCGCGCGGGGCCGGGUUCUGCUUGUGCGAAAGGUCAACUCCCCCCCAUCCUCCUCCCCAGACGAGCAGCACACGUCCCUCCUCCUCGCCUCGUCAAAGGCUCAAAAGCGUUCAUGCGCGGCCAGCUGCUGCUCAUGGAGAACUUCAACGAUUGGGACCUGCAGGCCGUCGUCAGGAGCUGCAGCUUCUCCCACCCCCACGCCGGUGAUCGCUACGCUGCGGCGCGGCAAGCGGGAGCGGGGGCUCCGGAGACGGCGCCGGCGCCGACACCGCCGGGCGAGCAGCUGGAGCGUGCUGCACCGUCAUGUGCGCAGGUGGCCGACCGGGGACCGGCGCGGCUGGCGCCCGCGGCGGGGAUGGCCACGGACGCGUCGCGGAUGGCCACGGACGCAUCGCUGCUGUACGACCUGGAGUACCUGGAUUUGGAUCGCAAGCCGUUCUUGCUGCCGCCCACGACGUCGUCGCGGGCGCCGGCGCCGGCGCCGGCGCGGGCGGGGGACGACAGCCGCGAGGUGAUGAUCUCCUUCCCGGCGGCGGCCGCGUCCGGGAUGCAGCCGAGGGCGGUGCCGCCCGGACGGAAGCCGGGUGCGCGCACCCCGCGGCCUAAAAGAAGCAAGAAGAGCCAGCUGAAGAAGGUGGUGCGCGAGAUGCCCGUGGCCGACGGCGGCGCGUCGUCGUCCGACCCGUGGGCGUGGCGCAAGUACGGCCAAAAGCCCAUCAAGGGCUCGCCUUAUCCGCGGGGGUACUACAAGUGCAGCAGCAUGAAGGGGUGCAUGGCGCGGAAGCUGGUGGAGCGCAGCCCGGCCAAGCCUGGGGUGCUCAUCGUCACGUACAUGGCCGAACACUGCCACCCCGCGCCCACGCAGCUCAACGCGCUCGCCGGCACCACGCGCCACAACAAGUCGUCCUCCGCCGCCGCCGAGGACCACCCGGCGUUGUCGUCCAGGAGCCACGAGGGGGGCCCUGCUGCUGUCGACGACAGAGCCAACGAGAAGGCGAGGUGCGACGUCGACAACAGCGAGGCGUCGACAGCGCCGAUGGCCGCGGAGUGGGGCGCCGAGGAGACUGCUGCCGCGGCCGACGACGACAACGAGUUCUGGCCGGCCAGGAUGGAGCUGGACGAGCUCUUGGCGCCCGUGGACGACGACUUCGACUUCGAUUUUGAUCAUGUGACCGAGGAGGACGGCGUGCUGGGACGGCGGCUCUCGCUCUAGCUGGAGGUGGUCGCUGUAAUUUCAGAACCAUCAAUUGCGACAGAGAUACUGACACCAAGAGAAUAGAUGUAUAGGCCUCUUUUGUGUGUGUGUUUCUGACAGGAUCCCCAAAACCAAAUGCUGAAAUUUCCAUAUGCAUAUGUGCACUUGCGUAAUCUCUGAGAAGGCGUUGCGCAUU